GCAAAUGCUUCACUUCUAAACAUAGUUGAUAAACUGAACAAUUUGAUGUAGACUACUGCCUUUGCCGAAGGCAAUGCUCCUUGAAGAAUUUUGAACCCAUGAGUUGGCCUGCCCUGGCAACUCUGCCAUUAGUCGUUCAACAAGUAAUUUGCACAACAAACACUAAAUUUGUAAUAAUGGAAAACCCAUCACAAAGGAGGAGCGCUCGCUGUUGAUACUGGUGUUGAUUUAGGAGUUUGACUGUUCUUCAGCCAAACUACAAAUACAUAUCAACAACAAAAAAGUUUUGCUGAUAGAGCUCGGCCUUGGUAGAGGUGGAACAAGAGCGUUUCGCUGUAUGAACUAUCUAACAAUUUUGCUGUGCAAUCAAAAACCGACGAUGCUCUCGCGCCGGAGCAAGGAGAAAUCGCAAGCACACAAGGAGGGCGUUGUGGGGAAGUAUGUAAAAAAGGACACCCCACCAGAAAUACCGGUAAUCAAUGUGUGGACUUCGUACGGAGAUCAGCGUGCCAAAAAGAAGUCGCUCCAGCGGUGUGCCAGCAGCUCACCCAACUGUGAGUUUAAGCCGCGAAGCUCAAGCACGAGUCGCAACACGUACUCUGCCCAGUACAACACGCAGCCGGACUACUACCAUGCUCGGCGAGCACAGAGUCAGCUACCGCCUGCUCUACACAAUAAACCACAGCAACGCCAGACGGAUCUGUAUGCACAAUCAAUGGUGCCGUUUCGAACAAGCAGCACUCAGCUAAGCCAAAAUAGUAGUAACUAUGUGAACAUCGAGCAGGUUGAGCGCAUGCGACGCCAACAGUCGUCGCCGCUGCUUAGAGCGUCAACAAGCGGAUUUCAACGCAGCUACUCCACGAAUCAAAAUCAUAAGCUUGUACACGCACCAGAUGCACAUGCUCAGAUUGGCACCAGCAACUAUGAUGCCGAUCAAGGACUGUUGAGUUCAUCUUAUGCAAACAUGCUGCAGAUAUCUCAGCGACCCCCAGCACAUUUUGCAUUACAGCAACAACAACAGCAGCAACAAUACCCAAUCUAUGAGAAUCCCCACCGUAUUUCAUCCAUGCGCGUGGGACAAUCUCAACGCUCAGAGUCGCCCAUUUACAGCAACACAUCUGCCUCAACUGCCACACUAUUGGCAAAUUCACAUCACCUCACUGUGCCUUCCUCUGGUUCGUUGAGCGGACGAGGUGACAGUUCUGGUAGCUUGCGGGGUGUAUCCAGCUCCAUACAAUCUCUCUAUGCACCAAAAACGUCUUCUGUGGAAACUGGCAGUGCAAAUACCCCCACUGGUGUUGGUAAUAGCGGAAACAGUUCGCUGCACAAAGUGCCUUCGCAGCAGUCCCUAACGGAGGAACUGCCACUGCCCCCCGGCUGGGCGACAAUGUUCACCAUGCAUGGUCGAAAAUAUUAUAUUGAUCAUAAUGCCCAUACAACACACUGGAAUCACCCACUGGAACGUGAAGGUCUGCCGGUUGGCUGGCGUCGCGUCGUGUCCAAGUUGCAUGGAACAUAUUACGAGAAUCAAUACACAGGCCAGUGCCAGCGCCAGCAUCCCUGCCUCACAUCUUACUACGUCUACACCACAUCGGCAGAGCCACCAAAAACAAUAAGACCAGAGGCGCCAUUAUAUGCCCCACCAGCGCACACACACAAUGCUCUUGUACCAGCCAAUCCCUAUCUGCUCGAGGAGAUACCCAAAUGGUUGGCUGUCUAUUCUGGGGCCGACUCCUCCAAGGACCAUUUGUUACAGUUUAACAUGUUCAGUCUGCAGGAGCUCGAAGGUUUCGACAGCAUGCUCGUGCGCCUCUUUAAACAGGAGCUGGGCACGAUUGUGGGCUUCUACGAGCGUUAUCGUCGCGCUUUAAUACUCGAGAAGAAUCAACGAGCCGAACAAGAGCGCAAGCUUCAGGAGCUGCAUGCAAGCGGCAACCAAAGUCACCACCAAUGACACCAACGAAAACGUCGUCGCCGAGGUCGACCCACUGCAUUAGUGAAAAAGAAAAUUGUAGCUACGUUAGCGCAACCCACACUCGCCACCACAUUUAUUCGAUUCGCCACAACAUAUACGACAAUACUAUAUACAAAUCUGUGUAAUACUAAAGAUGUCUUUAAAAUUGAAGGUAGUGUAAGUUGUCAUAUAGAAUGACGCUACUCUCAAUAUUUUAUAAUGAUUAAACGUUAAUUUAUAAAAUGGAAUUUGGAAAACAUGACUAUAUUCUGUGUCCUUAUUAGGAUUUACAAACAUACAUAUACAAACAUGGGCGUAGACAGGAUUUCAUUUAAGAGGAGGCCAGACUACAUACUAGCACACAUGCGUUUCAACAAAAGACGAGCAUAUAGAAAAAAUGAUGAACCCCAAAAAAAAUCAAUCCGGUGUACUUUGUAUUGCAGAAAUAAAACCAAGCCUAAAGCUGCGGCAUGCAUCUAUAUUUAA